AUGGCACGCACGGUAGUCGAUUUAGCGAACGAAAGGAAAAAAUGUGAUUUUGACGUUGAGGAAUUAACAAAUUAUAUCGACGGUGACGCCAUCUCUACGCAUAAAAGAAGACAGUUGGAGAACAAAGUGCUAAGCGUGAAAGAGCUGUUCGAUGUUGUACCCGAAGAGUAUUUGAGUCACAAAGAGAAAUACGAGAAUGCGAUAAGAAAAUCAGUACUGCUGUACAAAGUACUGGAGGAAAUCAAAGACCCAAAUGAAACUGAGAUGCAGAAUGCUAGAACAUUUUUUCGGAGUCUGCUACCGUUUGCGAUUUUCAAGGACAACUCUCCAUUCUCCCUCCAUUACUCCAUGUUCGUUCCCGCUAUAAUUGCGCAAGCCAAUGAUGAACAAAAGAAAUACUGGCUGAAGAGGGCAAUGAACACCGAAAUAAUAGGGACAUAUGCUCAGACAGAACUGGGUCACGGUACGUUCAUCCGAGGUCUGGAGACGACUGCAACAUAUGACGUCGAAACUGAGGAGUUCGUGCUACACAGUCCCACGCUAACAGCGUACAAAUGGUGGCCCGGAAGUUUGGCACACACAGCUAAUUACUGUGUAGUAAUGGCCCAACUGAACAUAAAAGGGAAAAACUACGGCAUCCAACCAUUCAUGGUGCAGUUGAGAGAUGAAAAUACUCACAUGCCUCUAAGCGGGAUCAAGUUGGGCGAGAUCGGUGCUAAAUUAGGCUUCAACACCGUCAACAAUGGCUUCCUUGGUUUCGAUCAGCACAGAAUACCGCGUGAUAGGAUGCUGAUGAAGAAUGCUCAAGUUUCUAAAGAUGGUGUGUUCACACGAAAGACGGAUAGUAAGCUUACGUAUGGAACGAUGGUGUAUGUCAGAGUUAUGAUAGUAAACAGCAUGGCCAACCACUUGGCAAGAUCCGUCACUAUUGCCGUUCGAUACAGCGCCGUCAGGAAACAGUCGCAAAUCAAUACAGACCAACCAGAGGUACAGGUUAUGGACUUCUUGACGCAGCAGCACAAACUGUUUGUGGCCAUAGCGUCGAGUCACGCUAUCAGGAUCACAGCGGCAUGGCUGUGGGAUAAGUACGAGAAAGUUACGAAGGACAUGGAGGCUGGGAAAAGCGACGGUCUGCCCGAGCUGCACGCUUUAGCUUGUUGCCUCAAAGCGGUAAGUUCAGCGGACGCGAGCGACAUGGUGAUCACGUGCAGCCGCGCCUGUGGGGGACACGGGUACAUUCUGUCCUCGAAUCUACCUCAAAUAUACGGCCUAAUAGCCGCUGCGUGUAUUUAUGAAGGAGAAAAUACGGUGCUCCUGCUGCAAACUGCGAGAUCAUUGGUAAAAGCCUGGGAGCAAAACGCUAGGGGAGAAAAGUUGAGUUCUACAGUGUCCUACAUAGCAGACACGCGCCCUUUUGGGAAGUGGGAGAACUCUGUUGAAGGGAUUAUAAAAGGAUUCGAGAGAGUAGCGGCAUGCAAAUUAUCGGCAGCGGUUUCAACUAGAAACAAAUAUUUAAAGUCUGGUCUGUCGCCCGAAGAAUCCUGGAACAUGACAUCGGUUCAGCUUGUUGCCGUAUCGGAGGCUCACUGUCGAGCCCUCAUUCUGUCGACUUACAAAGCUGAAGUUGACCGGAAAGCGCAACACCUCUCAGCCCCCCUGAAGAGGGCUAUGUACCAGCUUGUCGAGCUGUACGCCACGUAUUGGAGUUUGCAGAAACUCGGAGAUUUGCUGUUGUACACAUCGAUGUCGGAGAGCGAUGUUCAGCAGUUGAGGCAAAAUUAUGAAUCACUUUUGCUGAAGAUACGUCCCAACGCUGUCGGCUUGGUAGAUGGCUUCGAUUUUAGAGACGAGAUCCUGAACUCCACUCUGGGCGCGUACGACGGGCGCGUGUACGAGCGCCUGAUGGAGGAGGCGCUCAAGAGUCCUCUCAACGCGGAACCCGUCAACAGAUCCUUCCACCAGUACCUUAAGCCCUUCAUGCAAGGGAAACUGUAGUUGAUUUAUAACAUAAAGUUUCACGUUUUCUGGUUGCUGCCUUCCUUCUUACCAUAAAUGAAAAUACAUAUAAAUGAUACAUUAUUUUUUAUUAGAAUCAUCGAAGUAUGGCAAUUGAUACAGAGAUUAAUUAUAACUUUAUAAAUGCAUUAUCUGAACACAAUAAAUUAAUGAAAUAAAUAAAU